AUUUUAAUAAACACAUAAAUUUAAAUGAAAACCUUCGUAAAGGACAAUGCCAACCAGCUUUGCUUAUAAUGCAAAUUGUAGGAAAUGUUACUCCAAAACAAAAUACAUCUCAAACUAAAAACAUUACUCCAGAGCAAAAUCUGCCAUCAACUCCUGAAGCAAAUAAUGGAGAAACAAUUAUAGAAGCAUACAAAAGAAUUAAUGAUAAGUCUGAAGCUAUUGUUAAAAAAACCAAUGGUAGAAUUGAUAUGUCAACAACUAGUGCUCUAAUAUUUGCAGAAAGAUAUGAAGGAGAAGCUAAUCAAUAUGAUGUAAAUUUAAUAUAUAUAUUUGAAAUGAUAAAAAAAGAUGCAUCAUGGCCAAUUGCACCAGAAAGAAAUCCUCUAAAGAAAAGUCUUCAAUGUACAAGAUAUUUACGUUAUAAUCUACAUGGAAUUUACACACAUUAUGAUUUAGAAUGUGCACAAAAAAAUGGAUUAAAAGUAACAUUAAUGAAUAUAUUACCAAAUGCACUUAUUUAUAAAAGAAAUAUACAUAUAACAGGAAAAGACAUGUUUGAUGAAUGGGGUAAUAUAUUAUACAAAAUUAAAAAAGAAGGUGGAAUAGAAGGAAAAGUUAGUAAAGCAGUAUUAGUUUCAUUAUGGAGUGCAUUAUGUGAGCAAAGAAAUAGACAAAAUUAUACUAGAAAAGUAGAACUUAAAAAGGGAAUAGAAAUAGGUGAGCUGAAAUUUGAGAAAAAUGGAGUUUGUGUAGUAAAAAAUUGUAUAUCAAUUACAUGGAAACUGUCAUAUCCAGAAAUUCCAAAUUUGAUUAUUUUCAAAGAAAAUGAGCUUUGCUUUACAAAUAGUUUACCAGAUUUUGAGAAAAUACAACAAGAUAAAAAGCAGAAUACAAUAUUAGAUACAGAGUAUCCUGCUUCACAGAUAGCAAAAAGGAAACUAUCAAAAAAGUCUGAUAUAAAUCUUCUGAAUGAAAUUAUAAUAGAAAUAUUUCAACAUUUACGAACACAAAAUAAAAGAUUAUGUGGUAAUAAUGAAUUAUUGUUUCCAGUUUUAUAUGUUAACAAACAAUGGAAUGAAUGUGCAACAUAUUUAAUAUAG